AUGUCCGACGAUAUUGUGGGACAGCAUCGUAAAAGCACUCUAGCUGCUGUUAUCGGUGCCCUAUUGCUUCCAGUUAGUGAUGCUACAGAUAUUGGUCCAACUGGUCCGAUGACAAGUGCAAGGAAUUCACUUAUUAGUGAUGAAUGGAGAAGCGCCGUUCUUGAUCUUCAUAACGAUUUUCGUAGAAAACUUGCCAGAGGAGAGCUCGAAGGUAAAGCAGGAAAAUUGCCGGCUGCUGCAGAUAUGAAUGAGAUCCAGAACUGGGACUACAAUGCGGAAAUGAUGGCUCUGACUGAAGCAAAAAAAUGUGGGCCAACGUUUGUUGUUCCAACCGCUGAUCAUUUGAAUGUUUACAAAAAGAUCGAUGUAACGAAAUCGUGCAACGUCAUAGAUGAAGCGAAAAAAGCGAUCGAGGAUUGGUGGGAUCAAUUUGCCGCUAAACAAGAAAACAAUACCUAUCAAGGAGAAAUAUAUUCUCCGUUGGCCUACUCUCAAGCUAAAGCUAUAGGGUGCUCAUAUCAUUCAUGCUCCUCAAAACAACUAAAUGUGGUCUGCCUUUUCUAUAAUUUGAUCGAUGAACACGUCGGCAAAGAUCUUUACACUCCUAGUUCUACUGGAUGUACAUGUACAGAUUGCAUCGAUGAUCUUUGCCCGUCAACAUUCAGUCCUGGUAAGAGAAGGUUGGUGGCCACAGGAUGGGCUGCGGACAGGAAGAUCACAUAUGCGAAACCGGCGAAGACAAUGAUGGAAUUAACAUACGACCAAGCGUUAGAGAAUGCUGCAAUUGCUUAUUUGAACAAAACUGAUGAUUGCCCUACAACUCCUGAAGACAAAAACUAUGUUGGAGAAAACUUCUGGAUCAGCACCUACUCAUUGCCUAGUGAAAAGACGGUUGAGAAGGCUAUUGGAGAAUGGUUUAGUUAUCUGGGCAAUGAAGGUCUCGGUAAAAAUCUCGACUAUUCAAGUCUUAAAACUGAUUCGGCCAAAAAAUUAGGAAAUGUAAUCCAUGACAAGACAGAGAAGAUUGGUUGUGCGUUCAAAGCUUGCGAGAAAUCGGGAGCGAUAGUAAUUGAUUGUCGCUACGAACCGUUGACGGCCGAUCACAGUCAGAUCACCGCCACCAGAUUCAUGAACAUCCUGAUAAUUUUUCUGGUAGCUAUUCCUAAUAUUUCCGUAGCCGUAUGGCCUGAACAGGUACAUCUCGCAUUCCAUGGGGACUAUUCCGUUAUGGCUGUUAUAUGGACUACUUUUCAAUACGAUGAUGCUGAAGUCAGCUACGGCGAGGAUCCAAACAAAUUACUUUAUACAGCGACUCAUGAGGGUGUUAAACAGUGGAUGUCAGGAUCGAGUGCACGCUAUUCGCAUAGAGCUAUGAUGAGAAACCUUAAACCUUCCACUAAUUACUAUUAUCAGAUCGGUGCUCGUAGCUUUUCCUUCAAUACGCUUCCAGAAAAUCCACAGACCUAUAAGGCCUGUAUAUUCGGUGAUCUCGGUUAUUUCCAUGGAAAUUCGACUGCAAGCCUGAUAAAGAACGGUCUUGCAGGGAAAUUCGACUUUAUCGUUCAUCUUGGAGAUAUUGCUUACGAUUUGCAUACGAAAAACGGAACCACCGGUGACAACUACAUGAAUCAACUCGAACCUCUCUUUUCAAAGGUCCCAUAUAUGGUAAUCGCCGGAAAUCAUGAGGACGACGGGAAGAACUUCACUGACUAUCAGGAACGUUUCUGGAUGCCACACAAUGGCUACGGUGAUAACCAAUUUUACAGUUUUGAUCUCGGACCUGUGCAUUGGGUUGGAAUAAGUACGGAAUAUUACGGCUACUACUACAUAUAUGGAGAAGAACCUGUGUUAACGCAAUACGAAUGGCUAAAAAAUGAUUUAACGAUCCGAACUGGAUGGCUUGAUAUGCCAGGUUUGGAAUCACUUUUCCUUCAACAAGGAAUGGAUGUGGGAUUUUGGGGCCAUGAACAUUCUUACGAAAGAUUCUAUCCUAUUGCUGAUAAACAGUUCUGGAAUGAUACGAACGCUUAUAACAAUCCAAACGCUCCUGUCUAUGUGAUCAGUGGAUCAGCGGGAUGUCACACUCCUUAUACAGAAUUUUCCGAAAAUCCCUGGCCAUUCAGCGCUGCUAGAGUCAACGACUAUGGUUACUCUAUUCUCACUAUUGCUAAUUCAACACAUAUACAUUUGGAACAAAUAUCCAUAGAGAAGGGUGAUACUGUAGUAGAUGAAAUGGUUAGCGAUCGUGAAGUGGAGAUGGAAAGCAGCAGAAGACGUAGGUCUGCUACAAGAAGCAAACGAAGAAGAUCCCUCACAACUGAACCAAUUUCAAGCAGCAAAAAAGAACGUGAAGAACGUGCCAGUAAAUCUUCCCGAUCAGAACGAUCACCGCAAACAUCGCGAAGAAUUGCAAAAUCGCGAAGUGAACGAGAAGAGUCAACGAGAGAAAGCAGACCGAGUUCACCUAAAACAUCCAAACGAUCACCAACUACCAGCAGUAGAAAAAGAUAUCGAAAAAAACGAUCACGCUCGAGAAGACGUGAAGUGCACAAAUGUUCGUUGCAUAGCCAUAAAUGUCCAGAAGACAUUUCACACAAACAAUUGACUGAAGCUGCUGCAAGAGAUCGGCACCGUCGUGAAGAAAUCACUAUUAGACGAAUGAUCGAAGGGAAUGGAAUGACUGAUAUAGCACUUUGGAGAGCCAUGAAGAGGCAAAGCGCUUAUUCAUCGAUGCGAGGAUUAGCACUGUAUUUACAGUGCAUAUGCAUAUUGACAUGUGGAUUAAUGGCAUUAAUGGCACAAAGCUUCUUUAAUACCAGAGGAGAUCUCAACUUUUAUUUGUGUCAACUGACAUUUGAGUUGUUUCUCUAUAUGGUCGUACUAUGCAACAUCACAGCUCCGAGUCACUUCGUGCGUUUUGCUUGUAUAGCUCUAUUUGUCAUCGCUGUUGGUGUCAAUUUUUCUCAUAUACUCAUAGUUGUUAGAACAGAAGGCUUAUAUUGGAAAUGCGAGGAGGGUGGAAUUAUCAUGCAGCAUUGUUUCUUUUUGUCGAUACCAACACAUUAUCACACAUUGUAUACGGCAGCUUUUCUGCUGUUUGUUCAUCUUGCUAAUGCUCUCGUAUGUGUGGCUAUAAGCAUUUUUUACGAUGGAAGUUUGGAUUGGUAUCUAGAACAAACGCCUGGUGCACCUCAAUGGAUCACAAAUGAACCACUCCAUCAACAUGACCGUGUAGAAGAAGCGACUCGAAAAGCAAAAGAAACCAAUCUGAUAAGAAAACUUCGUGAACCUCUUAAAAUGACUGACUUUCCUCCAGGAACGAUAAUGAGAAGGGAACAGACCGAAUAUUCAGUUCGUACCACUACAUUCGAUCGUAAAGGCAAAAUGAAGGUUGGCCCUGAACAUGUGACAAUGUCCAGAUCGUACACUCUUAAAGCUCCCGGAAAGAGUCCCGCGACAGGACGGCGCCAAUGGGUGAUGCAACGGCCUGCGCCUGAUGCAGGCAUUUCUUAUGUACCUGCCAAGGAUGUGAAAUCAACACCUGCUCCUAAUAUUAAAUCGAGUUCUAUACCCAAAGUUGUUCUUAAGUCUUCUGAGAAAGAAAAAACUCCUACUGGGAAAACACCACAAAACGUCGAAGUGAAGCCACCACGAGCAGCAGAAAGCAAGCCAACCGGAAUACCGAUCGAAGUUUCGUUUAUAUCGAGCUCAGAGAAACGAACUAGUGCUGGCAAGGAGCCCGAAAUCCACGACGUUCCACCCUCUCUUGUGAGCAAGAUGCCUCCUUUGAUCUCUCCAUUGGUCAUUUUAAGUAACAGAAAUAUGGUGGAGAAAAAGAGCGACUAUAUGUUUUAA